GUCGCGUCUGAUUUGUCCGCUGGUGACGACGCUCAACGUGUUUCGCUUGUUUUGAAAUUGGAAGUUUGCAGCGCUUCUGUGCAGCAGAGAAUCCGCUAAAGACAAACAAACUGUUGCUUUAAAUCCGCGCAAGAAGACACGGCGGGAAAGCGCCUUUUCCAGCUGGGUUUGACAAAUCUGCGCGUGGGAGGAAUAUGGAUGUUAUUCCCAUGUGUAGUAUUUUCCAGGAGCUACAGAGUGUCCUUGACACGGGAUACCUGUCCGCUGUACCAUCUCUAGAGGAGUACUGGCAACAGACUUGUCUUGAGCUUGAGCGCUAUCUACAAAAUGAGCCCUAUGUCUCUGCAGCUGAUCUGAGAUCAGUAUGCGAGUCUGACAAUCUGUGGAACCAGUUUCUGCGCUGCUGCGGGACUGAACCAAACUCGUCUCCGACAGAAGCUUCCAUCCCCAAGCAGGACGGGAUCGCUAUGGCUUCCCAUUCGCUACUCGGCAGCUGUCAGAAGAGCAUUGCGUCUGCUAAUGUGCUCACACACACACUGGAUCACAGCGGAUCUGAGCAGCAGCAUGUAAUCACACACACGCCGCCCUCCUCACCCUCACUUCCUCUCAUGGAGGUUAAAGUAGAUACAGAAGAGGCGAGAAGUGGGGAGGUCAAAGGUGAGGGGUCACCUGAAGGACGAAGGAGAGCUCAUCGCUGUUACUUCAACGGCUGCAGGAAGGUGUACACCAAGAGCUCUCACCUGAAAGCACAUCAACGCACACACACCGGUGAGAAGCCGUACAGGUGUUCGUGGGACGGCUGUGAGUGGUGCUUUGCUCGAAGUGAUGAACUAACGAGGCACUUCAGAAAACACACCGGAGCAAAACCCUUCAAAUGCAGCCACUGUGACAGGUGUUUUUCUCGUUCUGAUCAUCUGGCGCUGCACAUGAAGCGACACAUCUGAAUGCAAAUC